AUGCUUUCCAGAUCAAUCCGUUAUUGUUCCAAGAGAAUUCCCAAGAGACAAGUCCCAGCGGCACGCUCAAUUUUCUUCGUGUCAAGAAUUACUCCACAAAAUGUCAAGUCGUUCCCCACAAGGAUUUUUGCAGUCAACUACAGUUCUGCUACUCAACCUGAUUCCAAUGGCAAGGGAGAAUUAUUGAUCGAGUUUACAUGUAACGUAUGUGAUGAAAGGUCAUCUCAUAACAUGUCAAAGCAAGCUUAUGAGCAUGGUACUGUAUUGAUACAAUGUCCUAAAUGUCAAAGUAGACAUUUGAUUGCUGACCAUUUGGGUUUCAUCAGAGAUGAAAAAUUUGAUCUCAAGGAGUACAUUGAAAGCCAAGGAGAAAAGAUUGACAACAGAGUGUUGGAAUUUGAAAAGAUCCCCCCUAACUUGGCUCACUCCUCGGGGCAAACUGCUGAGGAGGACACCCCUAAACAGGAAAAAGUUUUGGAUCUCGAAAGUCCAGAUGAUAAAGUGAUUAAAGACAAAAAGGAGUAA